AUGGCUGAAAUUGCAAUUGCAGCUGCAGGCAUGGUUUUCUCUCCCAUCGUCCAAGUGUUUUUUGAAAGAAUGUUGUUUGGCGACUUCAUUGACUUAUUUCGAGGAGGAAAACUCGAUGAUAGGCUCUUAACGAGGUUGAAGAUAAAAUUGAUGUCCGCGAAUGCAGUGCUUAAGGAUGCGGAGGACAAGCAAUUUACAAUGCCUGAUGUGAAAGUGUGGGUUGAUGCUGUCUAUGAUUCUAUCUAUGAUGCUGAGCAAGUCUUGGACGAGAUUUCUACAAAAGCCCAGCAACGCAAGUUGGAUGCUGAAUUUGGAAACUUUGGAAGUAAGGUACGCAACUCCAUCUCUAGAUCUACUUCUCGUUUUGUCAAGAAGGUAGAAAAACAGAUAGAAGAGCUACUUGGCACACUAGAUUUUCUAGUAGAUCAAAAGGAGAAUUUAGGUUUGAGAGAAGGUGUUGGAGGGAAUCCAUCAGAAAGACUGCCCACCACUUCUUUGGUCGAUGAAUCUCGUAUUUUUGGUAGAGAUGAUGACAAAAAGGCAAUAAUUAACUCGUUGCUCUCAGAUGGUGCAAGUGGCGCUGAUGAGACGGGUGUGAUUGCUAUAGUCGGCAUGGGGGGAAUUGGUAAAACCACCCUUGCGCAGCUUGUUUACAAUGAUGAAAUGCUGAAGGACCAUUUUGAUCAUAAAGCAUGGGUUUGUGUUUUAGAUCCAUUUAACAUGUUCAUGGUCAUGAGAACAAUUAUAGAGGCAGUAACUCAAUCACCUUGUGAUAUUAAGGAUAAUUUAGAUCAACUUCAAAAUGAUCUUAAGGAGAGAUUGACAGGAAAGAAAUUCCUAGUUGUUCUAGACGAUGUUUGGGAGAAGAAUAAUGCCAAAUGGGUGGUCUUACGUAAUGCUCUUAAAUUUGGGGCACAAAGAAGUAAGGUUAUUAUAACAACACGUGAUCAUGAGGUGGCAAGAAUCAUGGAUGGUAAAGAGCAUCCUAUAACGGAUUUAUCAAAAGAAGAUUGUUGGUUAUCAAAAGAAGAUUGUUGGUCACUAUUUGCAAAAUAUGCAUUCCCCAAUGGUAACUUUAAUGCAUAUCCACAACUUGAAGAAACAGGAAGCCAAAUCGUAGAAAAGUGCAAAGGCUUACCUUUAGCAAUCACGGCAAUUGGGGGUCUUUUGCGGUCGAACUUAUGUGUUAAUGAAUGGGAUAAGAUAUUGAGAAGUGAAUUAUGGGAUUUACGAAUUGCACAUACAGACAUCCUUCCUGCUCUAAUUUUAAGUUAUAAAUAUCUUCCACCACCUCUAAGGCGAUGCUUUGCAUAUUGCUCCAUAUUUCCAAAGGAACACGCUUUCAAAAAAGAUGAAUUAAUCUUAUUAUGGAUGGCAGAAGGAUUAUUGCCGCAACCCCAAAACUUAACAAUGGAAGAAGUUGGUGAUGAUUACUUCUUUGCUCUUGUAUCAAGAUCAUUAUUCCAACGAUCCAAGAGGGAAGAGCGUGAUGAAUAUGUAAUGCAUGAUCUUGUCAGCGAUUUGGCAAAGUUUAUAUCUAAAGAGUUCACUUUAUGCCACAAAGAUGACUAUUCCCGUAAAAUUCUAAGCAAGACUCGCCAUUUCUCUUCUUCUCAAAAUUUUGGUAUGAAGAAGUUAGAGACUUUUCACGAAUCUAUGAGCCUUCGUAACUCUCACAUUAAAAGGUUGUCUGAUUCCAUAUGUAAAUUGUGCAAUUUGCAAAUAUUGAAUGUAUCAAAAUGUUUGGAUCUUACUGCCUUGCCAAGAGAUAUGCAUAAACUCACUAAUUUGCAUCAUCUUUAUUUUCUUGAAACUGGGAUAAUGGAAAUGCCAAUAAAUCUGGGUAAACUAAAAUGUCUCCAAACAUUACCUAGAUUUAUUGUCGGCAAACAUAGUGGAUAUGGCAUUGAAGAGCUAGGAAAACUUACAAAUCUUCAUGGAUCGCUUUCUAUUUUGAAGCUCCAAAAUGUUCAAUCUCCUACAUAUGCUAAGGGUGUAAACUUGAGCUUGCCACCACUUGGGCAACUACCCUCUCUACAGGACCUCUCGAUUGUUGGGUUGGAUGGAGUUGUUACGAUAGAUCAUCAUUUUUAUGGCAGUGGAUCUCCUUCAAUGAAGCCAUUUGGAGCCUUGAAAUCUCUAUCGUUUUUUCAUAUGUUGGAGUGUAAGGAAUGGUUUCCUUUUGAGGCUGAAAAUGAAAGUCGAGCUUUUUCUAAUCUUAGACAUCUUUCGAUUUCUUUUUGCCCUAAGCUUGCAAGUGGGUUGCCCGCCCAUCUUCCUUCUUUAGCUGAACUUUCCAUUUCUAAUUGUCCCCAGUUGGUGGCUUCAAUCCCUAGAACUUCUUCUCUAUGUAAACUGAUGUUUUCAAAUUGCAAUACGGUUCUAUUAAACCAAUCGCCGACCGGAAUACAGGAGCUUAGCGUCACAAGCUGUCGGGAGUUAGAGCUCCCAAUGCACCUGAACUAUUCAUCCCUUGAAACUUUGACGUUGGAAGAUUGUGGUUUUCUCAAGUCCUUUCCAGUGUUCCCAAAGCUUCGUCGUCUGAUAAUCUGGAAUUGUGAGGAUCUAGAAUCUCUUACAGUUGGAGAACAACAUGAACAAGAUUUACUCCUCUCGCAGAUAUAA